ACAAUCGAACAUCCCUGAUAUUGCCGUUAUUAAACACGAAUCGACAGAGGUGGCACAGUCGAUAGGUCACGAAUUUCAUGCGAUAGAAAUUAAAUCCAUGCACGUAUUCACAAUAAUUGAAAAACUUUGA